AUGGAUUUCUUUCACGAGAUGCUAUUCGAGGAGACACCAGGAGAAACUCCUCCACCAGGAGAGAUGUUGUAUACUACUCAUCUAGCUGAAGAUGAUCCACUUCGAGAACGAGCACCCAAAAGUCUAGUGACGUUCACGCUUUUUCCAUUUUUCAAUGA